UUAUCUUCUAAAACAUCCCUCCAGCGACAGCUAUAAGGCUCGAAGUAGGAGCAGAAAAUGCUUCUAAUCUGAGUGACCAGUGUUUCUCGCCGCUUCCUGGCUGCAUUUGAUCCGGGAGAGAGUUAGAAGCCUUAAAUGUGUUGUGAGGGCACCGAGCUGUCAGACCUUUUGGCGAGUAAGAUUGAUCGCGCACAGGCUUCCAGCACUCUUUGUUUGGUAUAUAAGCAACAAACUGAGAGAGACCUAUACCACGUCUUCCUCUCUCUUACUUCAUUAUAUGUCCUAUUUUUGCGUUCUUUGAAUGGAAAUGCUGUGCUGGAGGACGGGGGUGGGAUAGUCAUAUAUGUGGCGUUCACAGAUGACUUUGGAAGGACCAUAAAGCAAAAUCACAGCAGGGGAGAGACGUUCAGUAAUAACGCGGCCAAUUAUUCGUUUUUAAUGUUUAUUACCACCAUUAUGGUAAUUGCUUAGCUUGAAUUUACACUGGGAACACUGUACGUGGCCCCAUAAACCAUUCAGAAUGUUGCGGUAAUGCAAACAAAAAUGAAAAUGUGACCAAUUUGAGCCGUCACACAAACUCAGCUGUGUGUUAAACGUCGUGCACAAGGCUGCAAGAGUGCUGUUGUGCAUAAACAAGCAGCAUGUGUGUGCAUUUCUGAGAUUUCAACUUCUAUUCUGGUGCGUACAGUGUAAUACCAACCUAUUAUAUGUGCUUUUUUUUUAUUGCUACCCAUCCUAAAGGAUGAAUUCAUCAGACAUGCUGGGCUGACUGCAGAAUAUCACUUUUGGGGUAUGUUUCAUUUUCUUUUUUUUUUUGUUUGAGCUGUGAGUGUGUGUAUGUGUGUGUGUGGUGGGGGGCGUUCUCGCCUGACAUCCUUAAACAAUACGAGAAAGAGGAGUGCACGAAUCCGCGCGCCCUAAGCUUAGGGGUCCUUCCCUGUAAUAGUGAGCGUCCGCCAUUCUUAAAAACACACUUUUUUAGAGUGGGGGUCUCUCUCUUCUCUUAGUAGAGUGGGCGAGAGGAGGAUCAAGAUGUAAAUAAAACUCCCACAGCUGCAGCAGAGUUUUUGGAUCAAUCAGGCAGUCAGUGGCUUCUUUUGAUUAAAGCCCAAAUUGUCAUUGGGCAGAGGUAAUCAUGUGACAGGCAAGUCGGUCCAAUUUCAACCUUGUCUCCAUGAAUUCAAUAGUUUAAUAGUAGCUCGGUCCCCACACGGCCGUAAUCAGUGAAAUAGGAAGGAAAAAACCCAUCACAGGACGUUUUUGGAAUGAUUUUUUCUCCUCGUCAUUGAGUUUUGUGGACAAUAACGCGUGCAAACUUUCCUGGGCUCUCAGGGAGAGGAGAUGAAUUACGAAUACGAGCGAGAGAGCGGAUUUAUCAAUAGUCAGCCUUCGCUUGCUGAGUGCCUGACAUCUUUCCCCCCUGUCGCUGAUUCAUUUCAAAGUUCAUCAAUCAAGAGCUCGACACUGAUUCCUCCUCCCUUCGAGCAGACCAUCCCCAGCCUCAACCCGGGCAGCCAUCCGCGCCACGGCCGGCCAAGACACAGCCCGGACGGAUGCAGCCCACUACCCACAGCCUCGCUGCCUCCGGAGUACCCGUGGAUGCGGGAAAAGAAAGCCUCCAAGAGGAACCACCUGCCCACGUCCACCGCCACCACUUUGUCCAAUGGACCUGUGUGCUUCUCCCCAAAAGGCUCGCCUGAGGUCGUGGAUAGUGGAGGGGUAGUCGGUGGGAGCUCCCGCCGGCUCAGGACCGCGUACACCAACACCCAGCUGCUGGAGCUGGAGAAGGAAUUCCACUUCAACAAGUAUCUGUGCCGACCCAGGAGGGUGGAGAUAGCCGCCCUGCUGGACCUGACCGAGCGGCAGGUCAAAGUGUGGUUCCAGAACCGACGCAUGAAGCACAAACGCCAGACGCAGAGCAAGGAGAACCACAACGGGGACGUGCACGGCAAGGGCCCCGGCGGGGAGGAGGACGGCAUGCACAGCGAGGACGAGGACGAGGGCCCGCAGUACGAGCAGAGCGGGGCCCUGCUGGAGAGAGACACCUUCUCCUUUCACAACAACAAUCUGGCUUCCACGCAGCAGGUCCACAAUAGCAGCUAUGCCCCUGCACCGCUCAACAGCAAUGAGAAAAAUCUAAAACAUUUCCCCAACCCGUCACCCACUGUUCCAGGCUGCGUGUCAACAAUGGGGCCCGGCUCGGCAUCUGGGCCGGACAAUGGCGAAAGUCCCCCGGCCCUGGAUGUUUCUAUACACGAUUUCCAACCUUUCUCAUCGGAUUCCUGCCUUCAGCUCUCCGAUGCUGCCUCGCCGAGCUUGUCGGAAUCUUUGGACAGUCCCGUGGACAUUUCUGUAGAUACUUUCUAUUUCUUCUCGGAGUCUCUAACCACAAUCGACCUGCAGAAUCUCAACUAUUAACACCAAUCACCACUUCUCACAUUUUAUUUGUAUAUUCCACACUCAUAAUUUCUUGACGGUAAGACUGGCAUUAAAUCACAAAUAAGGGGAUUGUAAUUACCAUAAAAACUGCUUUUUUUGGAGUGAAAAUUAUUAUGUGUGUAUGUGACAAAUUCAACAAUAUUCGGCCUGUAAUGGAAACUGGUCAUUUUUAUUUUUGUAUAGCUUCCAAUGUCUU